CCGGCCCCGCUUUGUCCGGCCGGCGGUCCCUCGGUCGGGUCGGUCGGUGUCCACCCGGGCCGCCCAGCCCCGGGCCGCCCGCCGACGGGUUGCGGGGGGACGCGGCUUUGCCCUACUUUCCGUGGCGGCCGCCCCGGGGAAGCUUCGCCCUGGCCUAGAUCGCCGUCCCCCCCACUCCGCCCCCCUCCUCUCCCGCUCAGCAGAGCCGCGGGUGCGGGCAGCGCCCACCUGGUUGGGGAGGGGGGGCCCGCUUGGCCCCGGGAGAGAUUUUGUAUUUUGUACAUACAUUGUUUUGUAUAUACUGUAUAUGAUGACUUCAGUGGGCAGUGAACGUACCCGGGGCACUCGGGACAAAAUGCAAAUUUCAGCGACACAGCCAACACAACCACAGAAACAAGUAGUACAGGCAACAGCAGAACAGAUUCGCCUUGCUCAGAUGAUCUACGAUAAAAACGAUGCAGAUUUUGAAGAUAAAGUGAAACAACUUAUGGAAGUGACGGGGAAGAACCAGGAUGAAUGCAUAGUGGCACUACAUGAUUGUAAUGGGGAUGUGAACAGAGCAAUCAACAUACUUCUGGAAGGAAGUUCAGACACGACUUCCUGGGAGACUGUAGGGGGAAAGAAGAAAAGCCUUGGGAAGGAAGGUUCAGAAAACAAAGAGAACAGAGAGAAACGAGGUGACAGAGAAGUGAGUCGCGGACGGGGAAGUUCCAACAGACGGGGAAGAGGAGGCAGCCGUGGACGAGAGUUUAGAGCUGAAGAGAAUGGAGUAGACAACAGUCAAGGAGACAGGCCUUCAGACCGUGGGAAACGUGGCCGUGGGAGAGGGUUUGGACGUGGCAGAGGGAGAGGAGCGGGGAGGUUUUCAGCCCAAGGCAUGGGGACAUUUAAUCCUGCAGACUAUACGGAGUCUUCUGCCACUGAUGGCUUUGGGACAAAGUCAGAGAUCUGGGAGACUGGUCAGAAUGAUGCAGAUGAUGGAACUGGAGCAUGGAAAAACUCAAUAGAAGAAUGGACAGCAGAAGACUGGAAUGAAGAUCUUUCUGAAACAAAGGUCUUCACUGCGUCUUCUGUUCCAGCUGAAAACCAUGUGACUCCUGGGCAAAGCAUUGAUUUGGUGACACUGCUUCAAAAGCCAGUGACAUCUACCCAAGAGACAGAAAGCAACUCAUUUGAAUCUCCCCAGCAGCAGACCUUUGGCCAAGCCUUAGUAUUCACAAAUUCUCAGCACAGCACCCAGAUGGCAUCCGGAACAGGCAGCUCCAGUGCUGUAAACUCUUAUUCUCCUCAAAGUCUGUCGGCAGUUCUUUGUUCUGGCUUUGGAGAGCUCAGAUCCUCUAAAUUGGCAAACUCUACUAGUUCCCAGAUCUUGGACCAAUUGAAAUCACCAGGAUUGGGUCAGUUUACCUCUCAACAAACCAAUAGCAGUUCUGCCACCACUAGCACAGUUCCUGCGUCAUCCUGGGAUCUAAAACCACCUAGUACUCAAUCCUCAGUCCUCAGUCAGUUUGACUUUAAAUCCCAGCCUGAGCCAUCUCCAGUUCUGAGCCAGCUGACCCAACGGCAGCAACAAAUGCAGGUGGUUCCCGUUCCUCCUCCUGGGCUGGAGUCAUCCUCCUCCCAGGUAAAACUCCGAGAGCCAUCACCAGUAGACACCUCUACAGGUGUUAGCAAAAUAUUACAGCUCCCCACUAUCUCUAUGGAUAACCAGACAGUGACUGUUCAUCAAACUCAGCAGAAACAGAUCAAACCACCAAAAAGGAGGAUAACUCCAGCAUCCAAGAUUCCUGCCUCUGCUGUGGAGAUGCCUGGAUCAGCAGACAUGACAGGAUUAAAUGUUCAGUUUGGAGCUCUUGAGUUUGGAUCAGAGCCUACACUCCCAGAGUUUGGAUCAACUUCAAGCAGUGAGAGUACCAGCCAGGCGACCAACAAUAGCUUAUAUUCAAAAUCUGUAAAUGAUCCUUUGAAUACCUCUUUGCCAAUAUCCAAUACAGUACAGGACUCCACCUACACAACCUCUGCCAUCAGCUCUUCCAAUCUGACCUGCUCAUCCCAGAGCACUAGCCCAGUAACAACUUCUUCCUAUGACCAGACUUCUGUUCAUAGCAGGAUAGUGUACCAAAGCUCCAUAGCUCCGUCUGAACCAACUGCUGUUGCAGUUACGAACGGGCACAGUGGUGUUAGGACACAGGCAACACUUGACACUACUUCAUCAGUUGCAGCACCCAAGACAGAGCCUUCCCCCUCACUACCUUCAUCUGGUUCUCUGCCCAGUGUGGUGUCCACCACGGCCUCGCUUCUGCCUUCAGCAUCACAGCACGUGGCAGCAUUGCCCAGUUUGCCUCAGUCCAGUGAUCUGGCCAGCAGCUCGCUCUCCCAGCUGAGCAGCUCCCUUUCCAAUCAUCAGAGCAGCCUCUCUCCUGCCUCAGUGUUGUCUUCAAGCACAUCACAUGUGCAUACUAGUAUUGAGAACACAACUUCGCUCCAGCCCUCAACAACCUUUUCAACUGCUUCAACCUCAGCCACUAGCACCACCUCCUCGGUUGUCAGCAUGGCAAGCAGUAUGAACACUACAAACAGCCUUGGCCUGAGUGUUACCAGUGUGUCUAUACCAGCUGCUACCACACGGGCAGCUCCCUUAGUGUCUUCAGGCAAAGCUCCCCCAAACCUGCCCCAAGGUGUACCGCCCUUGUUGCAUAACCAGUAUAUUGUGGGACCUGGAGGACUUCUGCCUGCCUACCCACAGAUUUAUGGUUAUGAUGAUCUCCAGAUGCUUCAAUCCAGACUGCCAAUGGAUUACUAUGGAAUUACAUUCCCUGCUCCUGCAACCUUGACAGGCAGAGAUGGGAGCCUUGCUAACAACCCGUACUCAGGUGAUGUAACAAAAUUUGGCCGUGGGGAUUCUGCGUCUCCUGCUCCUGCGACCACGCUGGCCCAGCCACAGCAGAACCAGACACAGACUCACCACACGACUCAGCAGCCCUUCCUGAACCCAACCCUGCCCCCAGGGUACAGCUACACUGGGCUCCCUUACUAUGCUGGAAUGCCCGGUGUUCCCAGUGCAUUCCAGUAUGGGCCAACCAUGUUUGUACCUCCAGCAUCUGCUAAACAGCACGGAGUCAACCUGAACACGGCAUCGACUCCCUUCCAGCAGGCGAGUGGCUACGGCCAGCAUGGCUACGGAGCAGGAUACGAUGACUUAACGCAGGGAACUGCAGGUGGGGAUUACAGCAAAGGAGGCUACAGUGGGUCAUCUCAAGCACAAAACAAAUCUGCUGGCUCUGGACCUGGAAAAGGUGUUUCUGUGACCUCAAGUAACACGGGUGUGCCUGAUAUCAGUGGCUCAGUCUAUAACAAGACUCAGACGUUUGACAAGCAGGGAUUCCAUGCUGGCACUCCGCCUCCCUUCAGCCUGCCUUCUGCUCUUGGCUCGACCGGGCCCCUGAACCCUGGUGCUGCCCCGGGUUAUGCUCCAGCCCCGUUCCUCCAUAUCCUCCCUGCACAUCAGCAGCCUCAUUCCCAGAUGCUGCAUCACCACCUCCAGCAGGAUGGGCAGGGUGGAUCUGGCCAACGCAACCAACCCAGCACCAUGCAGCAAAAGUCUCAGGCUACCAAAACCGCCUAUGGCACUUCUCCAUACUGGACAAACUAAAUCCGAAACCGGGGAGGGGGGAGAGAAUGAAAGGAGAGGAGGAAGAAGGAAAAAAAAAAACCACAAAAGAAAAGAGAAAAAGAAAAUAAAAGCCGAAGCCCAUUCUUGGAAUUAGUAGGAAAAGUAACUGCUCAGCCAAACAUCUGUGCAGGGAGAACUGCAGCCAGCCAGCCAUCCUCUGUGUGACUCGCCUGCUUCCUCUUUGAGUUUCUGUUAUAUGUAAUAUAUUUAUGUAUGUAUUUGUAAAUGUAAUAGAGCCUAAAUGUGGUUUUCUGCAUCUUG